AUGAAUACAAAUUACAGUAGCAUCCACUCUCACGAGGCUUUCAUUGGGGACUACCAGGUUAUGUACACUCCCGGCUCAACCUCUCCACAGUUCGACCGUGCGAAGAAGUCGACUCGCUUUAGCAGAGCUGUGUCGUCCAAGUCUCAGAACCCCAGCCAGUCGUUCAUGCUGCCCCCCAAUAUCCCCAAUACUUCUCAGAUCGUGGCAGACCACGGUUCUCUACCAAAUGUCCAAAUUCACUACACCGUCCCCGCCGACGAGAAACAGAUUGUCGCGUCCUUGCGCACUCUCCAACGCGAUCUCAACGAAGCUAUGCAGACCAUCAACUCCCUUACUCGCGAGCGCGACGAAGCGCUGUUUGAGCUUAGAUUGCUCCGUGCUGCUUCCAAGAAGCAAAACACCCCGCCAAGGAAGAGUAGGGCGGCGUCACGCGUCGAGGAAGAGUUGUUCGACAUCAGCAGAUCCAUGUCAUCUCCCCAAAAAUCUCCUAUCCGAAGGACUUCCAAGAAAGAAACGUCGGCGGACACGAAAGAAGCCCCAAAGACCACAAACUCCGACGACGCCCGAGUCCUCUCCGGGGUUAUCAACAGACCAAUGUCCCCAGCGUCCGAAAUGCGGCCGACCAGGUCGGACGCCACUGCUAAGAGCAAGACCCAAUCCUAUCAACGGCCCACUGUCAAUGACACCGAAAACAGCGUCAUUGAAGACCCUACCGCUGCGUCAAACACCUCACGCCGUCGGCGCCGCCCAUCUCUUGAUGAAAAUAUGACCUCAGCAUACAUCCUGCCCGAUAUUACGGUGAGCCAGCCCCCGAGAUCAGCAAGAAUCCAAGUGUCACAAGAGGCUCAGAGUGUUCUGCAUCGUCACGGCGACCCCGAGCACAUUGAAAAUUGUACCGUCUGUCGGCGUCUCACAGCAAGAAAACCCAGACAAAUUAACCACGCCACACGCUCUGCCUCCGCCCUUGCCGCUGAGAAGACUGAUUUCACAGCUCAAAUCACCCAGCUCAUGAAGGACGCAAUGCUAGAGGAACCCACCUUACGCCCCAAGAUCAACCCCUGGCAUGCCCUUGCUAAUGUCAAGAAACUUUUGAUGGACCAAUUCGAGGAGGCUAAACGCAAGCAUGCCCAGGCCUGGGAGAAGUACGAUGCCAUUGAGGCGCCCUCGAACAGCAAGAAACACUCCGCGGCGAGCCAGGACUUGUUCAACUGGUCCAAGAAGAUGGAAGAGUGUCGGGUCAAUCUGGAUCAGCUGAGAGAUGUAGAAGAGGGAAUGAAGGAGCAAGAGAGUGGGGUAUGA